AUGCAUAAGGAGUUGUUCUUGCGCAUCGUCGAUGCUGUGCAAGGUGAAGAUGGUUACUUCCGGAUGAGCCAUGAUGAUGUGUGCCGGGAUUCUCUCACGCCUUUGCAGAAAUGCACGGUGGCUAUCCGCCAAUUAGCUACCGGCUUAAGUGCGGAUACUUUGGACGAGUAUCUCAAGGUCGCCGACACGACGGGGCAUCUAUGCCUAAACAAAUUUUGCAGAGCUGUCAUCCGGGCAUACGGUGUCAAUUCGAACAACGACAUCAACGUUCUCAACCAGUCGCCUCUGUUCUCUGACGUGUUGGAAGGAACGUCGGCGCCGGUGAUCUUUGAGGCCAACCAGCACUAUUACCAGAUGGGCUACUACUUGUGCGAUGACAUAUAUUCGGAGUGGCGUUGCUUCGUCAAGAGUCCACCGAUGGCAACCAACCCAAAGGAGGUGAGGUUCAAGAAGAUGCAAGAAUCAGCAUGGAAGGAUAUCGAACGUGCCUUUGGAAACAUGAUUGUGGAGAACGAAGGUCAAGGAGCUACCCAUUGGAGAGAUGACGAUGCAGGUCACGAGGCGUCUAGCAGUGACUCGACGGAGAGUGCUCGAACAACCCCGCCUCGUUUCGAGGAAUACGUGCUAAGAGAUGCACUUCUCCGAGAUAGGCAGAUACAUGCUUAG